AUGUAUAGGCCAUAUGAAAGAAAGCAGGGUAGCCAACAAACACCAGAUCAUCGUCCUCGUUUGUGUCAUCUGCGGCCUACUACAACCUGUCAGGGCUAUGGCUUUUUUCUGCAAAGAUUUAACAAAAAUAUUAGUGAGCAUAUCAUAAGCGAUGUUUUCCCCAAUACACCGGCAGAAGUAGCUGGUUUGAGGCAAUAUGAUCGUAUAAUUGAAGUUAAUUAUGUAAACGUAAUGAAUGAGCAUCAAGAAAAGGUGAAGGAACGUAUACGCACGGAGAAAGGCGAAUGUUUAUUGCUUGUACUCGAUCCUGAAGCCAAUAGCCAUUAUUCGAAACUAAGAAAGGUCGUUACAAGUACAAAUGGCGACGUUGUCCAUAAAGGCUUCAAAGUUAUUCAGGGUUGUAGGCGUAAGCCAUUAAUUCUGGCGGAUCCAACACCUCCAGGUAUCGUUCCGUCGACACCUGGCUUUAAAGCUCCAGUACCUUUACCUCGCACACAAAUACCAGCAAUAAUCGCGACAACAGAUGUAACUGGGUCGACGGUUAACCGCUCCGAUUUAGGGAAAACCGCAUCUGAACUAGUAGACUAUCCAACAUCAGCGUUUCUGCUUACGACAGCAGUUACUAGUGCCGCACCAUCGACACCUCUCUCAGAAGUUACAAUAUCUUUAUCUCGCAUCGAAACACAAUUACAGUCUCCGGAAAAACUGCUUGCGCCUGCCCAAUCUCCAGCAAUUGUACCGUUGUCUGUUGACACAAAUGUGAAUGAUGUUGCAUUUCAAGAAACUAUGGACAUCGAUUUGCCUCCGCCUUUGGAUGAUAACGAGUAUGCAAAUUAUGAGGAAAAUUUAUCUGCAUAUGGUAUGACUAGUGUUCAAGCCGGAAGUCGUAUAAUCGAUAGAAGGAAGAUGGAGUUUUUAGCUGAGUUGGAGAACAUGAACGAAGAAGAAAAGAGAAGAGUAACUGAAAUGGGUGAUGCACAAAAGUGUAUAUUUCCUGACAUCAACGAGCAAUUACCUCUGAACGAAGUUCAUGUGGAGCAGAUGAAACAACGAGCAACAGAAGAUGCUCAAAGUACGAGAAGAUGUGAUUCAGCAACAAUGAAUGAUAAUAGUGAUGAAUGGUUACUCGGCGAAACCAAGCCGAGAAAAAUCCAAGACGUGCACAAACAACACCAGCAUGAUAAAGACAUAAUAGAAAAUCAGCAAACCACUGCUAGCAUGCCGAUACAGGAUAGAAAAUAUGAAUCAGACUCAGAUACUGAAUCAGAUGCUGAUGAAAGGCCAACAAUUCGAAUAAUUAAGAAUAGAAAUAAAUCUGCUACAAUGAAUACGGAUAUUGAACAUAAUUAUUCAACAGAACGAAAGAAGUCUACGCAGUUAACUGUGGCCGCUGUUUCAGAAUUACUGGGAGUCGAUGUUCCUCCUACUUUCAAGAAAAGUGUUCAACAAGUAACUGACCCCAUUCAUCUACUUAUCGAUGGUUUUAGCGAGCUCAAGAAACGUCAACUAAAACAGUCAUCAAAUGCGACACAUUCACAGUCUUCAGUAAUUCAUCAUCAAACUGAGUCAGAUAAUGAACAGCCAUCAGCUCCAAUCAAUUUACCCAAAAAACGGGAUUUUACCGUAUCAGAGAUGAUAGUGGGAUAUGUCAAAGAUUGCGUUAACCCAUAUUUGUUUCACGAACGAUUAUUGAAAAUAAAACCAGAAGCAUUAAAAGCUGGGAAUCUAGAUGGUGUUGGAAAAACUGUACAUAUAUAUCACAAGAUUGUGUCGUCGAUCGCUGGUAAAUUGAAAGCAGACUGUUUUAACAAUCUCUCAACACUCAAAAAAGAAUACGAACGAACAAUCAUGCCAAAUACACCAGUUUCGGGAAUAAUUCAGUUUAUUUCAUACGAGCCAUGCUAUAUUAUAUGCAUAAAUUCGGUAGCUCUUUCGUUCUGGAAACGAUAUGUUAAUGAAGAGGAUGCGGAGAUUACAUGGGACGCCACAGGAGGAAUAAUUCAGUGCAAAGCAACACGAAAGAAGGUACUUUAUUAUGAAAUGACUGCUGCGAAUCCGGUCAAACGUGCCACAUCCAUUCCACUCACUUUUUUAUUAUCGGAAAAUCAUGAUCUAACGACAGUCAAACAUUGGAUCAAGCUUUUUAAAGCAUUAUACAAAAAACAGUUUGCACAAAGCAAUGAAACACCGUUUCCAGUUCCGAGAUAUAUCAUCAAUGAUCGUGCCCAAGUGUUUGUGCAGACUGCUUUGCGAGUGUUUAACAAUGAAACGUUUACGGAUUUUAAUCAGCGAGCAUAUAGAAUCAUCACUGGCUCGUAUACCAGCGAUGAUUUACGCAAGACAAUUCCACACGCAUGCACAGCUCAUAUUAUGAAAGAUUUUAAGAUAUUAUCGAGAAAAGUUGGACAAACGGAUAAAAAAGAAAUCCAAACAAUUACACACGAUCAAAAUCAUUUAAUAUCUAUUGAGGAAGACGCAUACGACAUUCAACAUAUUGGUGAUGACGAUGAUACACAAGAGAAAGCGACGCAGAAUACCCGGACUUGGAUGUCUGAAGAGCAAACUCUAAAUGAAUUUGAUUCAAACAUUAAAACCGACAUGAAUAAAAUAUUCCAAAAAGUGUAUCACCAAUAUGUAACAGCAGGAGCGGAUAGUAGCAGUUUGAAUGAAAAGAACGAUUUGAAGAAAUUAACUCAAAAGCAAAGUUUCCUCGUCCGCUUCAACAAAUUGUAUAUAGCAACCGUCCACAUCUGGUCCAGCAUUUUGUUAGGAGAUUUAGAUCGUUACCGUACCGGUAUUAGUAAUUUAGAAAGUAUUCAAAAAGUACAAAGAACUACGGCAACAUCAGAGAAGCGGAUGUCAGUUGUGAAAAAUGUCGAGCUGAAUGGUAGAAUAUAUAAAUGCUUGGAUAUAGCAUUGAAAGAUUUAUGUACGGAGACGCUUGCAACACAAAAACAAGCGGGUACGCAGAUUGCUCACGUAAUGGAAUUUCCAACCGUUCGCGGAAUCGAAGAACGUUGGUCGCAAAGGAAAUAUGGAUUUUAUCAGAAGUACACGGCGGCUGCUGAUAAAACAUUAUCCAUAUCGUUGGAUGAAGUUAAAUUCUAUUGUGACUCGAAAAAAAUUAUUAUAUGGGAAAAUAAAAAUAAAAAACAUUCGUUAGAAAAUAGUUUAUUUCAAGCUGUAACAUAUGUACAACGGAUUCAAGCUAACAUGACUAAUAUGAAUUCGAUUGCUUUAACUGAACCACAUGAAUCGCUACAUUUUCUGUUGACCCAAGCUUUAUUACAUAAGAAAACAAUGAAAGAAAAAAUGAUUAUAGAUGUAUUAAACAAAUUAACAACUGAUAUUGAACAAUUAAGUAGAAAAAACUCAUUCGUUCAUUUAUAUCCGUUUAUUGAAAGGUUCGUCUUUCCGAUUAUUAACACAAAUGUAACAUUAACUACUAUGCUCUGUUCAACUUGUGGAGCAUGUGGAAAUUCGUUUGAAUUUCUAAACGAUCAUAAAAUGUUAACUAUACAAGCCAAUGAUGUUCGUCACACCAAACAAUUAAUGGAAUAA